UCAGCAGAUGACAGAUGACAUUUUGUCAGACGUCAUUUCCGUUCCCAAUUUUUAGUUUUAUAUUUCAGAGGUUUAAAAUUCGGUUUUAGAAUGUGUUUGAGUUAAAAGCGACUUACCUCACCGCUUAUCAAGUUAGGUAGGGAUAAAAAGCGACGAAUCAAAAGGUUUUACUCGAAUAGUUUUGAGUGUGCGGGAGGUAAAGAAGAGGUUAUUGUAAACCGAAAUUCUGUGAAUUCAAACUUGUAGACGUGGUGUGUUUUCUUCGAAGCUUAAAAGACAAUGGUUGUUAAAAAGAUUUGUUGUGUGGGGGCUGGUUACGUCGGUGGCCCUACUUGUAGUGUGAUAGCCCUCAAAUGUCCAGAAAUUCAAGUAACAGUGGUUGAUUUAUCGAAAUCUCGAAUAGCCCAAUGGAAUUCAGACAAACUUCCAAUUUACGAGCCGGGUUUAGACGAAAUCGUAAAACAAUGUAGAGGAAAAAAUUUAUUUUUUUCAACGGACAUUGAAACCGCUAUUUUAGAAGCUGAUUUAAUAUUUAUUUCAGUGAAUACACCGACAAAGACUAUUGGAAAUGGGAAGGGCAGAGCCCCCGACUUGAAAUAUGUAGAAGGCGCCGCUCGAAUGAUAGCCGAUAUAGCACAAAGCGAUAAAAUCGUUGUUGAGAAAAGCACAGUUCCGGUCAGAGCCGCCGAAAGCAUUUUAAAAAUUUUAAGUGCCAACCAAAAACCCGGAGUUUCUUAUCAAAUCCUGUCAAAUCCGGAAUUUCUAGCCGAAGGCACUGCAAUUAACGACUUAAUCAACGCCGAUCGUGUUUUAAUCGGUGGUGAAGAAAGUCCCAAAGGAAAAACGGCAAUCGAGGAGUUGUGCGGGAUUUACGAACACUGGAUUCCGAGAGAAAAGAUUUUUACGACGAAUACUUGGUCAUCGGAAUUGUCCAAACUUGCUGCGAAUGCGAUGUUGGCACAAAGAAUCUCAAGCAUAAAUUCACUGUCGGCCGUUUGCGAAGCCACCGGCGCUGAUGUUUCCGAGGUUGCGACAGCGGUUGGAUUGGAUUCGAGGAUUGGGUCGAAAUUCUUGCAAGCCUCAAUAGGUUUUGGCGGGAGCUGUUUCCAAAAAGACAUCCUCAAUCUGGUCUACAUCUGUGAAUGUUUGAAUUUACCGGAAGUCGCGGCCUACUGGCAACAAGUCGUCGAUAUGAAUGAGUACCAGAAAUCCCGUUUCACGGCUAAAGUGAUCCAAUCACUGUUUAACACAGUCAGUGGCAAAACUGUCACGAUUUUGGGUUUCGCAUUUAAGAAAAACACCGGAGACACGAGGGAAACCCCGGCGAUACACGUGGCCAAAACUCUACUCGACGAAGGCGCUACUUUGAAAAUCUACGACCCGAAAGUGGAAGAAGAUCAGAUUUACUACGAUUUGACUCAUCCGUCGGUUUGCGAAUCACCGGAAAUGGUCAAGAAGGCCGUUUCCGUGUAUCAAGAUGCGUAUUUGGCGUGUGAGAAUUCCCACGCGAUUGUUUUGUGUACAGAGUGGGAUGAGUUUAAGACGCUUGAUUAUCACAAGAUUUACCACGUGAUGAUGAAACCGGCGUAUAUGUUUGAUGGGCGGAAAAUUCUGGAUCAUCAAGCUUUGAUCGAUAUUGGGUUUCACGUACAAACUAUAGGAAAGACGUUGCAAAGACCGCUUUUGACGAGAUUGUGCGGUGUAAAUUCCUGCAUGCAUUAGGGUUUUUUCUGUUUAGAUUGGAUCAGUCUUGCCAAUAGUUGCACAAUUAAGAUAAAAAGAUUACAAGACUGAUUGAACGGUCAUUUCACUCGUUUUUAUUUAUUCGAACAAUUUUGGUAUUCCGGUACAAGUGCUGCAAUAUUUUAUUUUCAUUACUUCAUUUCAGUAUUAGGAAAUACAAUUUUGAUCAUUUUUAUCCUCGUAAUGAACAAGUUAUGAGUAUUUAGUUUUGACAACACUUUAAGUGCAGUUAAUUUUUUAACCGAUUAGUUUUAUUAUAAAUAUUUUACUAUAGUUGUUAUUUUUAGAAAUAUGUUUUAUACGUUUACAAAUAUUUUAUACUCCAUACAGUUAUACAAACUAGGGAAUUUCAAAUAGUUCUGAGGCAAAGUGACAUUAAAUGUUCCUCUUUAGUGUGUUAUUCUAGAGUAAUAGAAAAUACUACAUAUGAGUAUACUCGUACAACGUGAUACGAUUAAAUUUGAAAUAGUUCUCUCAUGGUGUAAUUUUAAAUAAUUUCACUUAUAUUUGAAUAAGACAAUUAUUACUCUAAAUACUAUGUAAAGUGCAAUUGAUACAAUAAAUUAUUACGUACU